AUGGGAGUUAAUUCACUAUUUAGGAGCUUUGCAUUUAUUUACUUAUUAUUUAAUUAUGCCCAUGGUGUAACCCUUAAGAAGAACAAUGGUGGAGCAAGUUUGGAUAGUCAGAAUACUGAGGAGUUUGUGGAGGAAACUGAAAAGACUGUAAGUGAAGUUAACCACUUGAGAUUGGUAUCUGACAAAAUGACCGCCUGGUUUGCCAAAAACACUUAUAACCCUUCAAUGUUCUGUGAAGGUGAUUUGGGCACUUGUCACACUUUGGUCAACAGAUACGUGGCCCGCUGCAAAGCCGGUGAUUGCUACACUGUUGACAAUGUUAAGGUGUUCUCAUCCGGUGAAAACACUGGGCUUUACCUUCCUCACUUGGCACAGUAUGAAACUGCAAAAUACGUCUUCAACAAUUGUGGAGUCAGACAAGGCAGAUGGAGCGACUUGGGUGACGUCUUUAAGAAGAAAAAGGGCACUUAUUCACUUCAUGAAUUUACCAAUCAAGUUUUAAAGCGUAAUCUUGACGCUAUGAAUGUUGAAAAUUCCACUAUGGCAGUGGUAAAUGAAGUUUUCUAUGCUCUUACAGUUUAUUAUCAACGUUAUCUUAACAACAAUAAAUUAAAUAGCAAAGUACAAAACAGAAGCAGAUUCCUAAGAUUCUUCUUCAGUUUAGCCAAGAGAAGGGCUCUUAACAAAUUAGUUGCGGAAGUUGUUGGUGACAAAACUUUGGAUCUGUCCCACUCUGACCUUAAAAGCAUGGUUGAUUCCUAUGUUUUGUACUUGACCGUUGGUAACUACAGACAAAGACAUAGAGUUGCUAAUCUAUUUGGUAAACUAGCAAAACAGGCCGUUUCCAAGACCAUGGGAUACAAAAAAGUCAGCUUCCUCAUGGCUGAUCAGUUAUUGGACUAUCCUCUGGAUCCAAUGCAGUUCUGCAAAGGAAAUGCCGAAGUUGGAUGCAAAGAAGUCGUUACAAAAUUCUUGGAAAGAUGUGAUCAUGGCGAUUGUACAAGUCUUGAUCUCGUCAACCUUUUGGAUCCAAAAGACUGGCUCAAUGUCAAACUUCCUGAGCUACCCCAAGCCUUUGCUGCCUUCCAACUCUUUACAACUAGUAGGGCCAAACGUCCUAACUGGCUUAAGGCUCUAUUAUUGAGGCAACGUGGUAGGAUGAGCAAUGAAGAGUUCAAGAACAUGUUAUAUGAGCGUAACUUUGCCAACUUGACAUUCGGUACUAAGAGUCAAGGUUUGCUUGAGAGAUUCCUAUCCAAGGCUGCAGUUGAGUUUGUCUACAGGGCCAGGGGCACUGAAGCCAGGAAAACAUUAACUAAUGCAAGUUCUUUCCUUAUGGAUUCAAUGGGUUCAGUGGUUGGUAGAGGCAGAUUAUUCUUAGAGGUUGCUAGGGUCAGGGCUAUGAUGUUGGAGUUCAGGAACUACCUCUACAAGUCUGGCGCUGACGUUCCUCUUAAAAAGGUCAACUCUUUCGCUUCUGUUACUCAGCACGUAGUUUUCUCGUUCCUUCAUGACGAGUACAAGGGCGUGUACUCCAAGGAGUACGAGAAGGAGUGGGAGAAGAAGGUUGAAAAGGAAAUGAAAAAGAAGGAAAAGGGUGGAUUUUCAAAGUUUACAGACAAGUUUAAGAAUUUUCUUGGAAAAGUACAAGGAAAAAAACAAAAAGAGCCAGAACAAGAGGAAUUCAACGAGAAGGGUGAAGAUUUAGAACUCAAAUUAGCUGAACAAAAGCUUGAAGAGGCAGGAACACAACUCUAA